AUGAAAGCUAUUAAAACCAAUUCUGGUACGAAUGGUGUGGUAUCUAAUAUGGUGCCAUCGUUGCAACAUGUCUAUACAGUGUCUUUUUUACUUGGAAAAGUUGAAUAUGUUGCACGACAAAAUGUAUAUGAUAAAUCUAAAAAGAAAAAAUCAAGUAAAUGUCAUAUUUUAUUUCUUCAUAAAGCUUGCUUAUAUUUUCUUAAAGAUGUAUAUAAUCCGGACGUUGAAGAGAAAUGGAAUCGUUUACGACCAACUUCUAAGCGUCAAUACCAUUACUUAUCAUCAAAAAUUGAAAUUGAGCUUGAAGAACCUGAAAGCGAUGCUUCAUAUGAACACAGUAAAAGUGCUCACUAUUACAUGUUCAAUCGUGUUUACCAACAAUGGGAAGAAGCAACAGAAACAGAACAACAAGAACAUGAAGGUAUCAUCAGUUUCAAAAAUUCGGCUAAAAUUCCUCGUUUUAUUUGUAAUUUUGCUCGUUUCCGAUUAAUUAUGAAUAUUUUAUGGCACGAUGAUGUUUAUCAAUUUAUUGAAAUAUCAGAAACCGUGGAACCGCCAUAUCGUGUCUCCGAUUCUUUUAUUGAAGCUGUUAAAAAUGUUAUGGACCAAAUGUUUCCAUCAAAUUUACGUAAAGAUGAUGGCACGAAAAUCUUAGUUAUCGAAAAAGAUACAGCUCUUAUGGGUGAUUUAUUUUUUGGUCAUGUUGAUUAUGUAUCACGACAAUUGUUUGAUCUAUCAUCAAUUCAAGAGAAAUUCAAUACCUCUCCGAUACCAUGUCGUGUGUUGAAAAGAGGAACUCGUUCAAGUUAUUCGAUGGCAACACCUAAUCAAAUUAAACGAAGUAAUUUAGCACAUACAGCACUUAUUAAAUUAAACUUGAAUAUUAAUGAAUAUGAAAAGUUAUGGAAACAAUGUUUAUUACCAACACCUGAAUUAGCAGGGAAGAUUGAUAAACCAGCAAUUGAUUAUAUCAGUUCUCAGUUAGUUGAUUAUAUUUCAAUUAUUCAUCGUUUGGGCAAUGCCGAUGAUCCCGUUGCCCAGGAAAUAUUGAAACCUGGUUUACAUAGUGCCCAAAUUGGUAUUGAUUUUAAUUCCAAUACAUUUUCAUUGGCAUCAGAACACAUUCUUAAUUUCAAUACUGACGAUGAUGUUAUGAAGCAAUUAAAAAAAAUUUGUAUUCGACCAACUAAUGGAAAAAAUGAUUUAUUGAUAUGUACUAAGUCUUCAAUGGUCGACAAUCAUCAUUACAUUAACACGACUGAUACACUUAUAAUGGAUCUAUCUCAACCUGAUGUAAUGGAUAUAUCUUUAUUACAUGUUGAUGUUGUUGAACAACUUCAAACGAAGCUACCCCCGUCGUCAAUUUCCAAGAAUAUGUCUUCAAAUGAAACUUACGAAAUAAGUAUACUUAAAAGUCAUGGUUUAUUCAACGAAAAAGCUUUUAGUUCUAUUGAAUAUGAUUAUCCAAUAAGUGAUUCUUUGAAUAUCAAUAAUUCUGAUGAAAGCUUCCAUAAUCAGCAACAUCCAUAUCAGAAACUAUCCUGUAAAUUAUCUUCGUCAAUAAUCGUUGGAAAUAAUGAUGAUAAUGGAUAUAAAACUACUUCAACUAGUGCUAUGGACGUCGAUUCUAAUUCUCAAGUAUCAUCGGAUAAUGAAACAAUGCCAUCUGCGUAUACAACAACAUCAGAUGAUUCAAACAAAACUUCUAAUGAAACGAAUAUUCAGCCAUCUAAAACAUUUGAUAUUAUUACAUUAUCAAAGCGGCUUAUGCUCAAACCAUUUAUUGCAUUUACAAAAACAGAUGCUACUCGUAUAUAUAAUAAUGCUGAAACAAAGAAUAUUGUAAUUGGAUAUUUACAACAACAUGGUCUCAUCAAGCAAAUCGAUGAUUUAUUUUUAUCAAGCAUUCCAAGGAGAAAAAUAACUAAAUAUGAAAUUGGAUAUGUGAAAUUGUUUCCUAAUUCUCAAUCUGCAUCUAAUACAGCAUCGUUUGAAGUGAAACUUCGAGAAAAAGUUGGUAUUACAUUUGAUGACUAUGUGGGAAAAGUUCUUAAUGGUGAAAAUGCAUCUACACCAGCUUCUAUUAUUAAUAAUAUGUUUAACACAGUACAUAACAAGUGGUUAUUGAAUCGUGAGUGGUAUGACAAAAUCAAAGCAGGCUAUUUUAGUGAAUAUUAUCAAAACAAGAUCAUUUGUCCUGAUACUAACAUGAGUUUGCCUAUGGUUAAUGUAGCUUCAGUAUCAUCUGAUGAUGUUCGAGAUUUACUCGAUCGGCCACGAUCCACAAUGACUGCUUCACAGCGAACAAACAAAGAAUUAAGACGACUAGGUGCUAAACGACAACAAGCACCUGGUGAUGAACCGUCACCAAAACGGAAACGAAAACCAAAAAGAUUUGCCGAUGACAAUUAA